GGUCCACACCGCCAAAAGAGCCUCCCAACUCGCGACGCCUCACUUUUAAAUUGCAACAUAGUAUAUUAUAUAUGCUCCAACAAAUAAUUAAAUACCACAAUAUAUAUAAGGCAGUGAGUUGAAGCAAUAUCCCUGCUUGCUUCAAUUUUCCAUCAAUUAAAGAGAAAAAUGAGAUCGAAAAGGAUUGGGACACAGAGCAAAUUCCUCCGUUACAUCAAAUGUCCUCUUCGGGCUCUGGCCCGAGCCCGGGACCUCUACAUGCAGAGCCUCGCGGCGACGGGUGGCGGCGGCGGGGUCACCUACGGCAACGCCAUGGGCUGCCCCACGCCGCACAUUUCAACUCUGCCCAGCGCCAACUCAGCUUUCAGAAGUGCAGACGAGCAAUUGCGGGAUCUCAUGAGCCUCGCCCACGCUCGCGCCGGGAGAACUGAGGAGGAGCUCCGCCGCUCGAUGCUUCUAGUGAGGCGGAGCAAGAGUGUUGCGUACGGGAGGAUUGAGGAAGAGAAAGCGUUUGAGUUGGGAGACGACGAGAGAAUGUGUUUGCUUGGAGAUCAAUUGCAAUACCACAGGAGUAGAAGCUAUGCAGCUCCAGCUUCAACAAGACUUAAGUUCCUGCCAUAAUUAACUCUAUCUGCUUCUUUUACUUUUACUUGUUAUUUUGUGCAAUAUUUGUAAUAAUGUCAAUGUAUCCCAUGUAAAUCUGAUGUUUGUUUUCAUUGUAACUUUUAUUGCAUUUUUACAAUUGAGUUAAUCUGAAAGGCAUUAUAAGAUGAUCGAAA